UACUUUUUUAAAAAAUUAUUUAAAAUAUGGUUUAUUGACUCUUUUGAGCAAGUAACUUUUCUUAGAUAUAAUCAGACAAACCUUCUAAAAAUCUAUUCCAGGAAAAUAAAAAAGCCCACUACUCACUCUUAAACUAAGAUUUUUUUUUUUAUUUUUUUAUUUCUUCAAUUAUUUUAAUAAUUUAUUCAAGAUUUAAACAAAUUCACUCCUUUUUAUUAAGAUAAAAUCCCUCAUUUCCUUUCCAUCUCUCUCACUCUAACCCUCCUCCUUCUCUCUCCUCUCCCCCUCCCCCCAACAAAAAAAAAAAAACUCAAACUUUUAAUCACUCAAAACAAUUUUUAGUUCAGAAAUUAACAAAUUCUAAUUUCUGAAACCAAAAAAGAAAAACCAAUGAUGGAAUUCGAGGAAGAGCAUGAAGAGGAAGAGGAGGAGGAAGAAGAAGAAUCAGAAAUGGCGAUAACUCCAACUUUCAAGAAACAACACCACCCAACAGCCGCUGUUAGAUACAGAGAAUGCUUGAAAAAUCACGCAAUUGGAAUCGGCGGUAACGCCGUAGACGGCUGCGGUGAGUUUCUCCCUGCCGGCGCUGAAGGCAGCAUCGAUGCGUUCCGGUGCGCAGCGUGUAGCUGCCACCGGAACUUCCAUCGUAAGGAAUACAACAACUCAAUCGUACCACCGCAGCUUGCGAUGUACGCUCCUCGGCCUCAUCAUCAUCAGCAUCCUCAUCAGGUAUACCAAAUUUAUCCUUAUAGUCGUAACAAUACAGGUGGGUAUCUCCACGUGUCGGGAGGGCAACGCCCGUUGGCGUUGCCGUCUCCGACAUCGGGUGGUCCCCACAAUAACCACCACCAGGAGGAGAGUGGUGGUGGUGGAGAUCAAGGGAUGGGUGGUGGUGGUGGUGGGAAUGGGAAUGUAACGACACGUGUCGGUGGAGGGGGUACAAUGAUGGAUAUAAGUGGAGGUAGUACGAUGUUGUCGGGAGGAAGUAAUACUACUAGUUCGGGGAAGAAGAGGUUUAGGACUAAGUUUACACCUGAACAAAAGGAUAAGAUGUUGGAUUUAGCUGAGCGACUUGGUUGGAGGAUUCAAAAGCAAGAUGAAGAAUUAGUGCAUCAAUUUUGCAAUGAAACUGGUAUUAAACGUCAUGUUCUUAAGGUUUGGAUGCAUAAUAACAAACUUACUCUUGGUAAGAAAACCCUAAUUACUACUCCCCCUCCUCCUUAAACUUAACAACCCUUAUUAGCUUUGCUAUCUUCCUUGUUGCUGUUCUUGUUGUUAGAUUACUCGAGCGAGGCGAGGCCGGGCUUUGUAUGUGCCCGGCCUCGCUUGCUUGCUCUUGUUCUAGUGGUGUAUGAUUUUAUGAUCACUCAUUUCCUGAAAAAAAAAAAGGGAUUGGAGUAGAAAUUUAAGUUAAUUAGCUGUUCUAGGUUCUAGCUAGUUGGUAAUGUAGCUAGGUUUGUAUUGUGUAAUAUUUUGUUGUGUUUUCUUUUAAUGAAGUAGUAGUGAUCUAAUCUUUGUUCUUAAACAUUAAGAUUCGCAAUUUAAUUAGUGUAUGUGAUGGUUGAUCAUUAUCUUGUACUUGAAUUCUUCAUAAAUGUAUGUAAUUUGCAUUAAACAUGCUUACAUUA